AUGCUAAAUACGACAUGUGUGCGAAAUGCUCAGACCCAGCAUGGAGAUGCCGGAGUGGACGUGGAGAACAUCUUCUUGCACCGGUCCAUGUUGGCCACAAAUAUUGGGAGCUCGACCUUGUUAACAGAUGCUGCUGGACCACCCGCCUCUCCCCAAUGCGUUUGGUUUCAUGAUUUCAAAGGGACAGAACCAACGGAGGAGGAUGGUAGUCAGGAAUCAGUUCAGAGUUUAGAAGGGCCAGACGAAAAAGAAGAGAUCACAAUUUCAGAAAAACGUAAGACUGAGACCCCCGAGGAAGGUUCUAAACCCAAAAAGGUCAAGUUGGACGGCAACGAUUCUAAAACAAAGCGGCCAGGUUUCAGUGACGAACGGUAUGAUGAGACUUCAUAUUAUUUCGAAAAUGGGCUCAGAAAGGUAUAUCCUUAUAACUUCACCUUCACUACCUAUGCCAAAGGGCGGUGGGUGGACGAAAAGAUUUUGGAGGUCUUCAGCCGCGAGUUUAGAGCUGCCCCACCAGAAGAAUAUGAACGCAGCUUGGAAGCUGGAAAAUUGACAGUCAACAACGAAAAAGUUGCCAAGGACUACAAAAUCAAGCACAAUGAUCUGCUCGCCAAUGUUGUUCAUAGACACGAAGUCCCUGUUACUUCACAGCCAAUUAAAAUAGUUUACAUGGAUAAGGAUAUUGUGGUUGUAAACAAGCCUGCCUCGAUACCAGUACAUCCGUGUGGACGAUACAGACAUAAUACUGUGGUUUUUAUUCUCGCAAAGGAGCACAAUCUAAAGAACCUGAGAACGAUACAUCGAUUGGAUCGUCUCACUUCUGGGCUACUACUUUUUGGACGUACCUCCGAAAAAGCGCGGCAACUAGAGCAACAAAUUCGAAACCGAGAAGUUCAAAAAGAAUACGUGUGUCGUGUGGAGGGACGAUUUCCAGAUGGAGUUAUUGAAUGCUGUGAGCCAAUAGAAGUAGUAAGCUACAAAAUCGGAGUUUGUAGGGUCUCUCCAAAAGGCAAGGACUGCAAGACAACGUUUCAAAGAAUCGGAGAAGUUGGCGACUGUAGCAUUGUCCAUUGCAAACCACUAACUGGACGAAUGCAUCAAAUCAGAGUGCAUUUACAAUACUUAGGUUAUCCCAUUUCUAAUGACCCCCUCUACAACCAUGAAGUUUUUGGUCCCCUCAAAGGUCGAGGAGGAGACAUUGGAGGCAUUAGCGACGAACAGUUAAUAAAUAAUUUAAUAAGCGUUCACAAUGCAGAGAAUUGGUUGGGCACUCAAGAAGAAAAUGGACCGGCAUAUCACUGA